AUGAAUGAGCCCCCUGACGAUCCUGGUGGUGGAUUAACGCCACUGGAGGUCCCUGAGGCCUCCAAUUUUAUUACAUAUCCUCCAAACUGUCCCCCUAGAGAAGAAUCAGAUGGCUCAUUUUUUGACACAGAUGCUUCUGAAAAUACAAAUACUUCCACACUUAAACGUAAACGAGUUUCAGUUAGGAAAAUAUGUAAGCAAUGUAAUAAGAAAAAGCGAAAGCACAGGAAAGUAGAUGGUCCUGUACCUUCGAAUGAAUGUCAGUGUAUUUUUGAUGAUGAAAUGGCUGUGCCUACACAAAGUUUGGGUAAUAACUUCACCCCUCCAGCUCCACUUCACAGCAGCACCCCACUGUUGAAUGAGUCGAAUGUAUCUCAACGUGUCCAGCCUCCACCAACUGAACAGCCUAGUGCCCCGGUUGCUAGGCCUCGACGAGCAGACGGAUUACCUGAUGAUAAGCAAUUGACGCCGCCCAGGGGCACUCGUAAUACCAAAGGAGUUACUACAAGUGCGGUGCUGAGCUUUUUUAACGCAGCCAGUAAAUAUUACGAGCUGCGUAUAUUAUGUACAGAAAUAAACGCAGACGCGGCUCCCUAUUUAUGCCAGGUACUUACAAUGAAACAAGUGACUGCUUUCUUAGCAGGCCUCGCUCGCGUCGAGCUCAACCCAUCAAUGUCAUGGUGGAGUCCCCGCGACCCAUUUCUACAGAAACCGCUCAGCCAUCGGCCGUUCACCUAA